AUGGACGAGCACGCGACAUACGUAACCCCCGACGAUCAAAGCGAUGAUGAAGAAGAUGAUGGCGAGGGAAUGGAUGAGGAUAGAGGAACAUAUACGGGCACGUUUCCAGACAAUCGGAAUCACCGAUCCGAAGACGACAACGACGACGAGGACGAGCAAGACCCCGACGUUUUUCCUAUACAAGCAAGCGGCGUAAUCGACACUGUCGGAGACGAGGUUACGGACUCAGACCUAUUCUCUCAUGCGACAAGCAACUUGCUGGGGGCUAGGAACUACGGCGUCAGACGAGGAAGUGCAUUUGUGAAUGAGUAUGCACGCACUGAUAAGCAAGGCAAUCGAUUCGAUGGGGGUCCCGGGGAUGCAAAUCAUAUCCUUGGAGCAUUUCCAUUCCUAUUUCCGUAUGGCAUGGGAGGUUUGGAAGUUGAUCGAGAAAGAGAUGUCCCAUACGAAACGCACGUUCGCUGGGCCCUCCAGUAUCACGACCGACGGUUCCGCAAAGAUAUCCAUUUCAUGUUUAUGACAUUUGGAGUCAUUGUGAAGCGCCAAAUGUGUCGCGCGGCAAGUUUGCAGGUCAAACGGAGUUCGUUUGCUGCGUUCCAAACAUCAUUCCUAUUACUUCAGCCCAAGGAUUUGUUGUUGGCGGCCGAAGAAGAAGCGAAGAGAAAGUCGUUCAGCAAUCCGACUAUGAGAGCAGGGUCGCCAUACGUGGUCAAAUAUGGGGAAUGA